AUGUUUCGUUUUCUUGAUGAUUUCUUUGAUAUCGUUUCAGACAGUACUCGAUUCACCGAGGCCAUUAAAGUCGUUUAUCCCGUUGUCAAACAAAGCAGCAUCGAGGCAGCAUUGGGCAGUAACGUCACUUUUGAAUGCAUUUUCAGCGGUGUCUCGUCACCAGCAACGACAUGGGAGAAAUACGGCGGAGAGCUGUCCCCUGAUCGUCAUACCAUGAUCUUAGGUAAUCUGCUGAUCAGCAACGUGUCAAAAGUGGACCAAGGCUCGUACAUCUGUCGAGCGGUUAAUCAGGGAACGGCCGGCAAGGCGCUGUUAGACGUCGCUCUGCCAUUCAUCAUUUUUUCUCUUACUGUGAUUGAUCCCCUGAAGGUGAAACUGACGUAUUCGAUCGCCAACAAACGAGAAGGUCAGCACCUGCUUGAACUGACGUGCGAGACUUUGGGUGGUCACUCGCCCAUGCUGUUCUGGUAUUUCAACAGCAAGCCGUUGCUUACCGACGGCAACGUGCUGGACACAAAAUUCCAAGGAGGUGUGUUUGUGACUGCCGCCGGUCGUCUGACGGCGUUUCUAGACUUAGGGUGA